CCGGACGGGCGGGCAAGGGGAGCGCCGGGACGAGGGGGAAUCCGAGCCGCUGCUGCUGCGCCCGGGUCCUUGCGGGCCCUCCCGCCUCCGCCGGGGGCUCAGCGGCCGUUCCGGGGGAGGUUUCCGGUUCUGCGCUCGCCCUUCCGAGGAGGUAGAAGAUGGCAGAAUCCUCGAGGAAGUCGUUCAAAGACAGUCUGAGUGAUAUAAAACAACGUAUGAAAGAGAAAAGGACUCAGAAAUGGUCAAGGCUGGGUAAAACUACCCAAUUCUCCACCGUAAAGGCCAAAAGAGCAACCAAAAACUCCAACAAAAUGAAGAUCAUUCUAGCAAACAACAGAGAUCUGGCUCUGUCCUUGCAAGAACAAAAGCUCAAACUGAGGGAAGCUGAAACUACCAUUCUUCAGCUAAGGAAAGAGUAUCACAUUUUGAAGAUUCAGAUGUUUGACUUGCAAAGAAAUCAUAGGUUCCAGCAAGAGCAAGGACUUGUGGAGGAUCGAUUGUCAGCCUUGAACGAGAUAAUUUCCAAAGUAUCUCAGAAUUUACUGGACUCAGUUGCUCUCCUUGGCCCCGCAAAGAAUUUGUGUUCCAUAGACAUGAAUCAAAGAGUGCUUUCUUCAGGUCCUGGAAAUGGUUGCAGUGUCACAGGGCCAACACAGUCAAUAGUACCUCUAAAGUUUGUUCCUGAAGAUGGUCCUAUACUUCCAAGUGGGAUGGAAACUGGUGGUGACAGAAAUUCUUUGUCAAAGAUCUGUGUGGAAUCUGACAGUGAUACUUCCUUUACCAAAAUAAUUCCAAGUGAAGGACAGGCAUCUGACUUUCAUCUGAACAACAAAGAACCAGAGCUGGAAAACGUUUCUUCAAGUGUAAAGUUGGGAUUUGGUAGCAUGUUACCAAAAAGUGUAUCCACCAGACGUCAUUUUUCAAAGAUGAGGAACCUUGAUGCAAUGUGUACUGGUGUCUUGGACCAUUUAGAAGUACCUGAUUCAGUGAAAGAACUUUCUGAACAGAAUGAAAGUAGGCUUGAGGAAAGUCUAGAGAACUGUGCUACAGAAAAUAUAAAUGCAGUUAUUCCUCACUGUGCUACAGAAGCUAUAAAUGCAGUUAUUCCUCACUUGAAUGAAAGCAAGGUCGCUUCAGAGCUGAUGUUGAGGCUGAAAAAUUCUGAAACUACACAGUCCAAAUUAAAAUGUAAUUCUGAUCUUAAACAACCAGUGUGUAAAAGCAGAGAAAACCCUCAACAAAAAAAAGCAAAGUGCCAGAAAGGAAAACUGGAACGGCCACUUACUUCCCAACAAAGACCAGGAAAACUAGGUAAAGAGGCUUCUAAAGAAAAGCUGAAUUUCUUGGGUGACAUCAGUGAUGCUUAUGACUUUCAUUUGGAAGAGAGUGUCCAUCUUACACCUUUUCGACAAAACAAGGUGAACAACAGUGAUACUGAAGCGGAGGACGAAGAAGACUCAACUGAAACCAACACCAUUGAGUCAAGCAGUACUGCAGGCGACUCAGAUGACAGCCUCUAUGAGCCUUACAAGAGCAAAUCAAAGAAAAGGCGAAGUUCAGUGGAUGAGAACCCUACAUCACCAAUCCAUCCAAGGCCAAGGUCUAAAAGAUGUUUGGCACAGCGUGAGCAGAAGCUCUGUCAUGAAGAGACUGAAAACAACAAAUCAAGUGAUAAGUCUAUUAGGCAGUCUUCUGAGCCAUCUCGUGGGCAUCUCUGUGAUGUUACCAAUACAGCUGCAGUGCUCCCCAGCACUGGGGAAGUAGAAAUUGUCCCUGAAGGUGAAGGACCUCAGUCUCCAAAACGCACGCGACGAAGCUGUACUAUUACUGUGAAUUACAAAGAACCAAGUAUUGUAGGGAAACUCAGGAGAGGAGAUCCAUUUACAGAUACACAGUUCCUGUGUUCUCCAAUUUUCAAGAUGAAAAAAGACAUUAAACGGCAUUCUCAUAAGAAAGAUUCUAUGAAAAAAUACAAUGAGAAAUUCGUUAGUUGUCUUUGAGACAUGCUUCUGCCAUGAAGAAAAUAAUUUCCUGGAUGAAAUAUUUUGUUGCACAGUAUGUUAUAUAAAUAUGUAAAUAUUGUGUCUAGUAUUAAGGAUAUCAGAUUAAGGGGGCCUGGAUUUAUUCUAGCGACUUAUUUUUAAUGAUAUGGACUGAUUACUUUUAUAACUAAAGUGAUUCAAGCCCCUUUUGACUGGAUCUGGGAGUAUAUGAGAAAUCUGAUGGAUGACAAAUGUCCUCAUAUGGGAGAACUUUAGGCACUUAAAAUGUUUUGGGCAGGAUGUGUUUUUAGUAACAGUGUUUGUACAGAUCUUGUUUAUGCGAUGGUUAUAGUUUCAUAUCGAAUCUUACAAUAAACAUCUUAGUGU